ACUGCUCAGCUGAUUCGACAGAGAGCCGAAAUCGCCGAGUACGGGACACAUCGGACGGCAGGCAUGCCUGAGAGCUUUCUGUUCCCGAAUUCGAUUGCUCCCUGCGAUAGAGGGAUCGCCCUUCCUGAUUUCCGAUGCCGCGAAGAAAUUCCCGGUAAUCCGUCCGAAUUCCCGGCUACUGUGCCGAUUCUUGAGCUCCGGUUUCAUCUUCUUCUCCGACUCAUUGCAUUCUUGUAAUCGAACAUGGUCCCGACCGCGGCAGCUCCGUGAUUCUCAGGGUCGUUGGGUUCUCGCUUCUUGCUGUCACAUCGGGAAUAUGACGUCAAAAAGACACUCGGUGGCAUUCCGGCAGCUGCGACUUGAUACACAGGAUCGCAUCCCGUUAACAGAUGUUCUGAGCGGCUAAAUGCUUGACCCCGGGAACACACAUCAUGAACAAAAAACGUCGGAUCAACGCGACGAUGGUGUCUAGUCUGCUGAGUCCGUGGAUUUCUUCAAUUAAAGUCGUGCUCGGACUUCAGCCACCUGUUCUACUCUUUACCUUUUGCCUACUGGCUUUCGGGAUCUGCAUGUUGUCGAUGUCAACAGACCUCGAGAACCGCACCCUUCCCAAUCCCGACGUUGUUUUGGACUGGAACGAGUUCAUGUCGCGUCUGUCUAGGCUGCAUUAUUGUGUGAUGCCACCCACGCGGAGUGCAGCGCCCGUCGCAGCCCCUUCAAAAAAUGCGUCUACUACGGGGGAUCAGCCCAAAGUCCAGGUCGUCGAUGAAGGGAAAUCCUUGGCUGCUCUAUUGCCAGAUUUCGAUCUGCAUUUGGGUCGAGCGAAGAAUGGGUCACCCCCACAUCCGAAAGCAAACGUCACGGUGGCAGUAUCCAUAAGGGCGGCUUUCCACGAAGACAUACUGUCCGAGCCGAUGUCGUGGCACGCUGUCGCGACCGGUGAUAUGGUCGGGUGUCGCGGACCCUUGGCGAGAGAGAACUUUCAGCUGGUCAUGUUACUAUGGCCAGUACGCCCGGGAUCUCAAGAUAGAAUCGAUCCGCUGUCCCCCGGGAUGGUGAAUACCGAGGCGUGUAUCAUCAUACAGGGUCCGACUGAAAUACUGCCCAAGACGAGAGCACCUUCCCGCUGUUAUCUGAAUGCAUUGCCUCCUCAGGUGACUCGUGAGAUAAAACUGCAGAGGACAGCGGCCGACGUUCAGGGUAAAAAAGGCGACAUCUGCACGCUGGGCCGAUGGACGUCUUUCACGUAUAAACCGGACGCGGCUCUCCAAGUACUGCUGUCCCGAGCGGAUCUGCUGCUCGUCAAGGAGCGGCUCCGACGUUGCGGCAUAUUUUUGAUAGCGAUCUCCAUACUGAUCAUUCUCGGUGCUGUUUUGAGUUCCCAUUCGAGUCCUCGUCGGUACAUGCCCCACUUCGUCUAUCGAGCUCCUCAUUCCUGAAUGUGGUUUAUAGUUUCCUCCCGUCGCGACUAUUGCGAGCUGAUCUCGACACUUUUUUUCGUUAAUGGUUGAGCCGAGGCCAAAAAUUUUCUCCAUCGGAACGAACGAGCGAGAAAGCUGACUUUGUUUUUAUUAUUACUCCGUCGGAUGCGGAAAGAAAGUGUGAAUAAAAACUCCGUCCGCAG